UCAUUCUCCAUCUCUCCUUCGACAUCGCAGUAUAAUGUAACAAUCUAACUGUUGUUAUGUGGACGUAAAAUGUUGUCCAAAAGCAAGAGUUUGGGCUUCUGACGUUGUCUCGCUCGGUUGGCUUUGAGGCGCGACAUUUUAUAAGAUAAGCCUACGCUGGGCUGAAUUGCGCUCUUUCUGGCAGUUUGUGAUCAGCACGCACUGGCUGCAGAAGCAGGUGCUGCCGCUUCAGCAAGCGUUCAUCUCCGAAGAGUUGGGACGUCGCAGUCAGUUUUCCACUGGCAGCCAUGUUAGCGCAAUGACCUGUCCCAGGACAUCUCUUCCGUUGUCAAAUGGCGUGCCCAUUGGGCUGUGAAGAGGUGCCGGCCGGGCCCAGUGCACUCAGAUCAUUCAUUGCAGGGCUGAUUAUUGCUGGUCACUCAUGCACAUUUGUGCUUGUAAUCUACAGCUCUCUUUUAUUUCCAUUCUUUCACUCGUUUGUCAGGUUCAAACUCAAGUCACUAAACCAAAUGCUUAUCCCCUUUACUGUUAACUGUGCUUUCAUAUUACACACAAAAAAAAAACUGACUUCAUAUCUUUAUGUCAAGCACCUUGCAAAAUGCAAUCGUGUGGAGCAGCUUGACAUAAAAAUGAUUUGUGUAGACUUUUUUUUACGGUGUUCUAUUUUGGAGGAAUAUGAUCACCUCUAUUCUACAAAAUAGGCAGAAGGUAAUGAUGCCAUAAUGAUGUCACGGUAUUUCUACAAGCGGUAUAACAAUUGGAUGGAAGGAUAAUCUUGCAAAAUGCAAUUGUGUGGAACAUUCUUUCAUCCAUUUUCUAUACUUCACUGCAUUUCCUCACAACAGGUUAAUUGGUCAGUUUGGAGCCUAUCCUAGCUGACUUUGGGCUCGAGGAUGGGUACACCAGCCCAUCGCAGGGUUUGUGGAACAGUUUGACAUAAAAAUGUUUAGUACAGUAAAGUAAUUUUGACUAGUUUUUGGAAUAUGAACACCUUUUUUUCUACAAAAUGGGCUGAUGAAAUUAUGCUGGAAUAAAGUAAUGGAAUUCAUGGACAAUUACAGUAUAUCCCUUAACAAAGUGUUCAGAUGAAAAAAAUAAUCAAAACAAUUAUGUAAUGUAAUCUUUGAUGGGAAAGGGAAAGCCGUUUUGGGAGAAGGCAACCAAUCCUAUACUACUCCAGACUUUGAAAUGCAAUGUGAUCUGUACAGAUCAAGCCCACCUUAAAUGUCAGAUGACAAAAAUGUUAUGGGGUCAGUUAAAAUUCAUAUUUGCAUUUUUUUAUAUGUUAUGUAAUACAUGCAAGUCACUUCCAGAAAGUUGUCAACUAUAGUUUAGCUAAAAAUGAGGUUUUUAUUACGCGUAUUGAGCACUUCCCGAACACACCCGAAGCUCAAGACACCGAAGUGUGGUUACUCGAUCCACCGCAAGGGCUACCGGAAGUGACGUUACAAUUGCCAAACACCGCACCCUAUACUCGAUACGCAAGAGCGAGCAAUGUGUUGGCACAUGAGGAGGAGGAGGAUUUUGACAUACAGGAGCACCCGACUGAACCUGGCAUCCUCAAACCGUACAUGUUUGAGCCGACCAGGAGGUCGGAACCCGACAGUGACGACGACGAGCAGCCAAGUAGCAGCUGUACAACGGACAAAGAGAGCGGCCACUGGGUCGAUGUGACGGCACUGCCUGCAGAAGAGACGACACAAUACCGCGCAGAGCAGACUGGUAUGUUUGUGCAGCCCAUAAAUCCAUAAUUUACUUGCUCCGGUAUCCUCACUUGUCGAUAGAAACAUAGUCAUGAACAGACGCAGUAUGAGCAGUCGGCCAUUCAUGUGGGAUUCAUAACGCGUUGGUUCGUCCAUCCAUCUCUGUACCGCUUACAUUUGUUUGUUGUGAUAUGAUAGAUUAUUUUAUUUAUUGUACGUGCAGUAUCUACAUUUGGUCAGUGUUCUUCCGGUUUCUUGGCAAGAACACUCUUGAAAAAGAGUGGUCUCAGUGCGGUUUAAUUUCUGGUUAAAUAAAGGUAUUGUUUGGUUAUUGUCACUGUUACAGUAACAAUGAAAAUCCAUUUGGGAUCCCUUCAUAAGUAGCGGUGAAGUAAAUGGUUGAUUUAAAAAAAAAAAAAAAAAAAAAGCAUGAGUGAACUAUGAAAAACACACAGCUAAGCACAAGGAAAUUAUUUACAAGUUGGAGGAUGUCUUGAGCAGAAAUGCCAGAAAAGAAUGUCAAUGGGAACAAGUGAAAUGUGAAAAGUAACCUUCAUGUUAAUGGGCUGAUGAUAAUUCCAAAUCAUUUCCAUUGCAGUUGUUCCUGUGGAGAAAGCCACCCACAGCCGACAGGGGGGGUGGAGAGUGUCUGUUGCCAGGAGUUGUCAGCAGUCGCAGAAAAGUUGACUGUUGGAAUGAGUUGCAUCAUUGAACAUGAAGGAUUUGAAGCCAACUGUCAAAAUCAGUAUGUGCUGGAAACCAGCUCCAGGGAGUACACCCAGACAAAUGGCCCAAUCAGUGAUGAAGACCCAGUAAAUGAAUGAAGCUGGACAGGCGCUGGAUGUGGCGGAUGCUGUUCCUCGUUUCCCUGACUGUGGCAGUGGUAAUGGCCCAAAAGCAGUCCGAGAUUGACCAAUCAGAUGUUGAUGAAGAGAUUGGCUUGGACAAGGACGCAAUGGAGCCUUUCGUCACUGAGGAGGAGGAGGAGGAGGAGGAGGAGGAGGGGGAGGGGGACGGGGAGGAAAAUAAGGCAAAGCAAACAGACCAUAAUACUGUAGCAAGUGACAAGGUCUCCUUCCAAGUAACAUAUGAGACUCCUGUGCCCACUGGAGAUGUCCACUUUGCUGAGACAUUUGAUGAUGGCUUACUUGGCAGAUGGCAGUUGUCCAAAACAAUGAAGGAAGAUGCCGAUGACGACAUUGGAAAAUAUGAUGGAAAGUGGUCUGUGGAGCAGCUGAAGGAGAACAAGGUACCAGGAGACCAAGGCUUGGUGCUCAAAUCCCGUGCCAAGCAUCAUGCCAUCGCCGCCAUGCUGGACAAGCCUUUCAUAUUCCAGGAUGAGCCCCUUGUCGUACAGUAUGAAGUUAAUUUCCAGGAUGGAAUUGACUGUGGUGGAGCUUAUAUUAAACUGCUUUCAGACACAGUGGAUGUCAAUCUGGAGCAAUUCCAUGACCGCACACCUUACUCUAUCAUGUUUGGACCCGACAAGUGCGGAGAGGACUACAAGCUGCACUUCAUCUUCCGCCAUCAGAAUCCCUUGAACAAAGACUUUGAGGAAAAGCAUGCCAAGCGCGCUGAUGUGGACCUCAAGAAGUUCUACACUGACAAGAAGACUCACCUCUACACUUUGGUUCUGAACCCAGACAACAGCUAUGAGAUGUUCAUCGACCAGUUCAGCGUGAGCCGUGGCAACCUGCUGAAUGACGUGAUCCCUCCAGUCAACCCGCCGAAAGAGAUAGAAGAUCCAAACGACUCUAAGCCGGAGGACUGGGAUGAGAGGGCCAAGAUUCCCGACCCCGACGCUACCAAGCCUGAUGACUGGGAUGAGGAUGCACCUGCAAAGGUGGAAGACCCAGAUGCAGUGCAGCCAGAAGGCUGGCUGGACGAAGAACCUGAAUUCAUCCCAGAUCCGAAUGCCGAGAAACCAAAAGACUGGGAUGAGGAGAUGGAUGGAGAAUGGGAACCUCAACAGAUUCCCAACCCAGCCUGUGAAAGUGCUCCAGGCUGUGGGCCGUGGAAACGACCCAUGAUUAACAACCCAAAGUAUAAGGGCAACUGGAAAGCACCCCUGGUAGACAACCCCAACUUUCAGGGGGUCUGGAAGCCUCGCAAAAUCAUGAACCCAGAAUAUUUUGAGGACCUGCAGCCAUUCAAAAUGACGCCUUUCCAAGCUGUGGGCUUGGAACUGUGGUCCAUGACUGCCAAUAUCUACUUCGACAACUUCAUUGUCACCUCCCAUAAGGAAGUUGCUGACCGCUGGGCCUCCGACAGCUGGGGUCUGAAGAAGCUCGUAGCCAGUGCUAAUGAGCCUGGGAUUUUUGCCCAGCUGAUGAUUGCAGCAGAGGAGCGCCCGUGGCUCUGGGUGGUUUACAUACUGACGGUCUUUUUGCCCGUAGGACUUGUUGUGCUUUUCUGCUGGACAAAGAAACCGGAUGACUAUGUGUACAAGAAAGUGGAUUUACCGCAGGCUGAUAUAGAAGAAGAGGAGGAGGAAGAGGCAGCAGCUGGAGCAGACAAGGAUGACAAAGAUGACGAAGAUGUCGAGGAUGCGGACGUUGAAGCAGCUGCAGCAGAGGUUGAGGAGGACAAGGAUGGUACAAAUCUAAAAGGGGGCCAACCAGAGGGGGGUGAUGACAAUGAGGAGGAUGGAGAAGAAGAAGAGGAGGAGGAGGAGGAGGGGGAAGAGGAAGAGGAAGAAGAAAGCAAAGCUCCUGAGAGAACAUUGGAAGAGGAGAUGGAUGGAGGUGGUGACACUGUCGAGAGCAACAAACAUGCUGUGAGGAAGAGGAGAGUAAGGAAAGACUGAGGUGACAUUUACACCGACUGUCUCCAUAUUCCCUCCAGGGACGACAUGGAAGGGCUCCUGCCUGAGCCUGCAGGACAGAACGUGCAUUUCCUCCAAUUUCCCGGUAGCCCCCAGUCUCCCUGGUUGCCCCAUUUCCAUCUUUCAUCCCUCUGGAACAAAGUACAAAUGUGCUCUUUGUCUCAUCUUUCAGAGGCAUCUUAGACUUUGUGCAUUAGUUUUUCCCCCUCAUUCUUCGUUCUACUUCAAAAUAUUCAUCAUUCUUUCCCUUGUUCAACCCAUUGCCGGUCAGCCUACCAUGCAUCACUGUGGCUCCUGUUCACCUUGGCUCUGUUCUCUCUCAAUUCAUCAAUCUGCCCAUCUGUCUCCUUAGAGUAGGGGCAGUGUAAAGCAUCUGGACAGUCAGAUCUCAUGUCCUUUGCUCUCAGGAACACGUAUAAUAUGGACACAAAAGUUACUUCUUUGUUGAGUUUUUCCACUUCAAAGGGUUGCAAGUGGAGACAACACCAUGCUGUGUGAAGAGGUGACUGAAAUGUGACUGACUACUUGUGGAAGAAAGAGAGCCUUGUAGAUUUCUCUUUUCUAAAUUGUACUUUUUCUGAGCAUUUACUUUUGUUGUCUUUGUAUUUAAAAAUGUAGAGAUUAUGAUUAUCUUUAGUUUCAAAUGUUAUGCUAGUAUGGAUAGAUGAUUAACUUGAAGAGCACACUGUAAAGAACAGCCCUCUACUUAAGCCACUGCACUACAUUUUUUUUUUUCCGCUGUUAAUCGGAUCAGACGCUAAACCUACCUUAGUACAUUGUGCAUUCCUUUUAACAUGUAAUCAUGUAAUGUGUGGAGCCUUGGUGGGGGUGAUUUUAGCACCAACUGUGAAUGUCUUGCCAAUUCUAUGAACAUGUUUUUGCAACAACUAAAAGGCUGACAUUUACAGCAGAAUAACUACUCCACUAGUAGGUUCUGACCCUCUAUUGUUGCCCUUGAAACACACCUUUUUAAUGUCUCAAAACUUUUUUGAGUUUCUGCCAGACAUUGGCAAAUACCAUAUCCCUGUUUACAUUUGUUUGCAAACUGCACAUUGCUUUUGAAAAUUAAAAAAUUAAAUAUUU